AUGUCUUCCCCAGACGAAUCCUCUGCCCCCACAUGGACAGAAGGAGACUUCGAACACCCGAACCAGAAGCUACGCCGGUCAAUGGUUAUUGCAUUGGUGUUUGCUUACACUUUGUCGACUCUUUCCGUUGCUCUGAGGAUCCUGGCGAGGAAGAUGACAGGUAGCAAGCUUUUCAUGGAUGACUACUUGAUCAUGAUGGCUCUGUUCUUCAAGUAUGCAUGCUCCAGUGGAGUCGUUGUUCUCCUGUUCAAUGGAAUGGGGUCACACAUCACAAUGAUCCCAGCCAAGAACCUGCUGGUUUACUUCCAACUCGGAUUUGCCAACGCCUUCAUCUACACUGGCUGCAUUGCCUUCAUCAAAUUCUCCAUUUUGGCGCUGUACAAGCGACUCUUUGCAGUCCGACACAUGACAAUUGCAGUGAAUUUCAUGUUUGGAUUCAUCGCUCUCUGGGUUGUGGGUGUAUACGUUGCCGGUGCUCUUCUGUGCAUUCCCGUCAGCAAGUUCUGGAACCCGUCAAUUGAAGGAGCCUGCCUCGACCCAGCCAAAUUCUACUAUGGCAUGCAGAUCCCAAACAUCAUUUCCGACAUCAUUCUCUUGAUCAUGCCUAUGAACGUCGUGUGGACAUUACCGAUCCCAAAGUCCCAGAAAAUGCUUCUUUCUGGAGUCUUCCUCGUCGGUGGCUUAACAUUGAUCUUCGAUAUCUUCCGCCUCAUUGCCAUGAUUAAACUAGUCGAGAUGGGCCCUGAUAUUACUUAUAACCAAGUUCCCGUUAUUGUGUGGACUUGCAUUGAAGCAGCAGUUGGAAUCAUGGCUGCUUGUCUCCCUAAUCUCCGCCCUCUGUUCAAGUUGGGUAAACGAAACUUCUGGUCUAACCUUCGUUCCUCCAACAACGUAUCGGAGAUGUCCAGUAGGACUCUUGUGAGCUUGGGCAACCCUGGAGGUACUGUCACCAGCAUCGCUACCAGUCAUAAAAAGAGUGACUCCUAUGUGAUACAUCAAGGUCUUGCGGAGCCUCAGUAUGAAGACUACAAGGACGAGAGGGCGAUGGAGAGAGUUUAG